GCAUUCAAAUGUAUAAUUAUUUUCCAGCUGUUAGGAUAGCUUGCUUGGGGUAUCUCAUUCAAAUGGUAUAUGGUUGGCUGUCACCUCUAAAUUUGGUAAAAAUUUGCUUCCAAGAUCAAUUACAUAAAAAGGAAGAAUGAAAAAUUAUCUAUUCUGGUCACUGGUAAGGUCUGCAUUACAAGAGAGCACUUGAAGAAAUGAUGAUGUCUGAUGAAAGUGUCUACUGCAAUGAAAGUGUAGUAACUUGGCACCAAAACCAAGAUGAUCGAGCCAAAAAAAGUGAUACCUUUCCCAGAGUGGCGUCAAAUGUUGCCGCUCCUCAGUUGAGGUGUUGGAGAGUUACUGUGUUAACCCUAGCAUGUCUCUGGGCUGUACUGAUGGGCCUGGGAAUUGCUUGGGUAGUGUUCUAUGCUUCCAACAGGAUGAAGAACAAUAUAUGCGAUAUGGCUGUGACCGGUGAAAAAUCUAUAGGAGAGACAUGCAAGUUCCCCUUCGUAUUCAACGGGGACACGUAUGACUCGUGCACCAGUGAUGGACGGGGCGAUGGUAAACUGUGGUGUGCCACAACCAGUAGCUUCGACGCAGAUGGUGAAUGGGUCUUCUGUCAAAACAUUGCUCAUUUGGAGUUCUUCAAUGGAUCAUCGUACUAUUUCCCUGAAGACAAACUGACCUGGGAACAGAGUCAAUAUGCCUGCAUCCGUGAAGGAGGACACCUGGUCAUCAUAGAGAGUCAGCAAGAGCAGGAGUUCAUUAGAAAGAAAGUGGGAAACACUGGCAGUAAUUACUGGAUUGGAAUGACAGAUAUGAAGGUGGAGGGAGUUUGGGUCUGGAUGGACAAUACAACCCUUAAUGACAACAUCAAGUACUGGGACCUAAACAUUCCAUUGAAUUACAGUGUAUUUCCAGAACCAAAUGACGUGCCUCCAGGUGAAGACUGUGCCCAAAUGGGUCUGGGCUGUUCUGAUCGAAUCAGAUGUUGGUUUGACAUUGCAUGUGAUAAACCAUCUAAGAGAAUCUGUGAGAGUCGUGCAGCCAGAUAAUCAUUCUAAAUGGAGAGUAUAUUACAUUAUAACCAGCAAAAGGCAUUUGGUAGUAUGUAGUGACACUUUCACAGGCACAGAUAAGACCUAGUCCUGGAAGAAGCACAGUUAGUAGAGAUAAUCUAUAUUAAGUGCUUUUAGUCCAGGACUAGACAUGUGUGCCCAAAUUUGGAUGUUAAUCCAUUAGUUAAUUGGUACAUUUAAACUUGUUUUGACCAGUGUUUUGAUUUUCGAUAUUGUACUUUCUCAACAUAUCCAGCUGGAUGUUACAUAUUGUACUUAUAUGGAAAGAUGGAUACGUUUUCAUAAUAUUGGGGAUCUGAUCUUGAUAAUAGAACAUUUAUUAUAUAUUGUUUGAUUUAUUAAGUUAAUCAAUUUUCUCUGUCAUAUUAUUUCUAUUGAUGGUUUAGCAUGUAAUGAACCUAAUUUCAAUGAAUUUAACUAGUUUUGUUAUAGCUAACUAACAAUGGGAUAAAAUGUUUCAAUACAUUUUUCUAAAUAAAAAAUUUGAAUUGUCCUGUUAA